UCCACCUUCCAGCAGAUGUGGAUCUCCAAGCAGGAGUACGACGAGUCCGGACCAGGCAUCGUUCACCGCAAGUGCUUCUAAACGCAUUGUCUACGAUUCAGCAACGUCGCACAUCAUCAGUCGACACCGAGGGAAUCGAGCAUACGAUCCAUCGGUUUCCUUUGAGCAAUUCACGUGCUGCUAUAAAGCAACGUUAUCAAAAUGUCACAAUAACCAGAUCAUCGUCAGAUCUCAUCGAAUAUUCAUCCAUAUUAUGGUCAUCAUCCAUGUCGUUUUGUGUGAUACGACGACCUGGCUGAUCAUAUGUAUGAUUUUAUAGCUCUUUAAUGGGCUAUCAAGGUUACACUCAUCUAUCGUUUCAUCAUGGCCGAGGAGACCGGUAAAGGUGUUGGUUUCUCGAUACAGAGCUCACUCGUGGAUGGCCAUUCUCUUUGUCUGGUAUCGAAACUCGAGUCCCGUGAACGAUUCCAGAUCAGCUGACCUGUCUACCCAAAUGCAUCUUUCGAUCGUGAAAGGGACAUUCUGGAUACGCAAGAAGAAAUCAGGAUCUUGAAUCAGAGAAUUGGACCAGCUUCGAGGAAAGCUACGCUUAUUUCACUGUUACGCGAGAUCCCUUCACCGCAGCAACAAAUUUCUUAAAUGAUACUAUACCUAGCCUGCUAAUCGAAGCGAACACGCCAUCAGUACCCUUGUAUUUUAAUUUAUUUUGUAAAUAUUAUACACUAUAUAUUGCUAUAUUGUUAUACGAUAUAUCAAAAUGUCAAAUUAAAUAUACAUUCACUCAUACCAUUA